UAGCGUUAAACCUGUACUUCCGGUAAUAUUCAUGAUCCCGAGGAUGAAAAUUUUCCAGACAUUAGUACAAUUUUCACGGUUCUCUUGGAAGUUUAACAAUUAUAGCACCUGCAAUUUGCUCGUUAAAAAACGUGUGGAAUACUCACGAAAGAUGUUUUGUUAUAAUCGAGUCCCUGCUAUGUUGUACUGUAACUUAAGUAUACUUGAUGUCAAAAAGCGUACAGAGGAGCUAUCUGACUGUUUUAUGGAGGCCAGGGAACUAAUGCAGGAUGCUGUUGCCUCCGAUUUUAAAAAAGGGUCGCAAGACAGCAUGAACACGGUGUAUUUCUCAGAAGACAUGAAAGAGGCUGCAGAAGCUGUUGCACAAACAAUUCAAAUGUAUGAGAACUUUUUAAAUGAAUUAAAUGAGAAUCAGAAAAAGGAAGUGACUCGAACAAUCGGACUUAAAAUGGCAGAACUCAAGGCACAGUAUGCUGCAAUGGAAGAGACAUUAAAGACAGAAUGAUAAUAUAUUAUGUUCUGUUACAUGUUUAAAGCCUACAUGACAUACUGUCAUAGAUCUACAUGUUUUUUAUUAUAUCAUUUUGGAAAUAUCUCUCUCUCUCUCUCUCUCUCUCUCUCUCUCUCUGUGUGUGUUGGGAUCUGGAUGGGUGUAAAUGUAGUCCCGCGAUGUCCGAUAUUGAUGUUCGCUGAUUUAUCGUUAUACGUUGGUUUUUCUUCAAGUAUCUUACUAAAUGUGUUUUUUUAAAGACGAUCACCAAGGAUCUUCAUUGUGAAUUUGGUGUAUGGAAAUAGCCUAAUUAUUUAAUAAAUGGCUUUUAUUUAUUCUUUAGGGUGUAAAAGUAGUCCCGAAGAUUUUAUGAAGAAAACGCAUUUCCGGUUUUUGUUUUUCGCCUUGUUAAUAAUUAAAAUGAAGUUUUUAAUGUG